GAUUUAGCUUCGAUGAUCGAGCUAUACUUGUAUAAACGCUUUGUACUGUAGCGAUCUGAAAAUAUCGACUAAUGUUUUGACACGCCUCACGGGAAUAAAAGGAACUAAAAGUCGCGGUUAUCAUUGAGCACACGACAGUGUAGCGUAGGAUUUUUCAAGUGUACGUUGUAAAUACUUGUAUUGUAAUUAGAAUAAUUAAUAGGAUAUUAUAGUAGUUGUCAUGACGGAGGAAUUCAAGUUGGAUCAUCGUGCUAAGAAAAGGAUUAAGGAAGUUAAAAGAAAAGCUAGACCAGAACUUGGAGAUAAAGUAGCUUGGACUCAGCAUGGAUAUAGCAAAAAGUUUGAAACUUUUUGGAAUUUCCAAGAUAAUGUAGAACGCAUAGAUGAAUCUAUAGUAAUUACAGAAGAAUUUAUUGAAAAAUAUGAGAAACCUUAUAAACCUGUGAUAAUACAAGGUGUUCAAAAUGGUUGGAAAGCCCAACAUAAAUGGACUAUAGAGAGGUUAGUAAAAAAGUACAGAAACCAAAAGUUUAAAUGUGGAGAAGAUAAUGAAGGAUAUAGUGUUAAGAUGAAAAUGAAGUACUAUGUACGAUAUAUGCUCAACAAUGAAGACGAUUCUCCUUUGUAUAUCUUUGAUAGUUCGUUUGGAGAACAUCCAAGACGGAAAAAGUUAUUAGAAGAUUAUGUUAUUCCAAAAUAUUUUCGUGAUGAUCUUUUCCAACAUGCGGGUGAACAUCGUAGACCACCGUAUCGGUGGUUUGUUAUGGGGCCUGCUAGAUCUGGCACAGGUAUUCAUAUAGAUCCAUUAGGAACUAGUGCAUGGAAUGCACUGAUUUCGGGUCAUAAGCGUUGGUGCCUCUUCCCUACCAAUACUCCACGUGAGCUUCUAAAAGUAACUGCAGCUGAAGGUGGAAAACAGAGAGAUGAAGCUAUAACAUGGUUUUCUGUUAUUUAUCCACGUACAAAAUUACCUACGUGGCCUCAAGAUUGCUUGCCAAUAGAGAUUUUACAAAAUCCUGGUGAAACAGUUUUUGUACCAGGUGGUUGGUGGCAUGUUGUACUGAAUUUAGAUGAAACUAUUGCAGUUACUCAAAAUUUCUGUUCUCGUACCAAUUUUCCAGUUGUAUGGCACAAAACGAUACGUGGAAGGCCAAAAUUAUCACGUAAGUGGUUAAAAGUACUCAGGGAUAAAGAACCGGAACUUGCAGCACUUGCAGAAACAAUAGAUGUAAAAGAAGAUACAGGAGUAGCCAGUGAUUCAUCAAGUGGAUCUUCGAGUAGUUCUUCAAGCAGUAGCAGUAGUACUAGUCAAUCUGAAGAUGAAAGUGCAGAUGACAGUGGUCAAGAGUCACUUACAGCACACAAAAAAAAGAAGAGAAGAAAAUUGAAUAACAGCCAACCCUGACAAUAUCGAGUACAUGGGACCUACAAAGAUCUCAGACUGUACAGUAUUAACCAACAAUUAUUGUUUGUACUAAAAAUAAAUAUUAUAAUUAUUACCACCCUAAUGUUCAUAAUAAAAUAAAUGCUAGAUAAUACCAAA